AUGCGUCGCGACUUUGAUGCGAUAUCUCCAGCUCCAUUGCUACUUAAUGAAGAAAGCUCGUCAGACAAGCGCUCCUCGUCUGCAGCAUUCUUCUUCCUAGGAGGGUUGGUUGUGCUUUUGAUUUUGCUCAUUCUUGUAUUUGUGUAUCAAAAGUUUAUAAAACCAGCACAACUGAAGAGGUUGGGAAAGCGUAAAAAUAGCUGUAAAGAUGCAAAAAACUAUUUGAGUGGAAAUCUUCGGACGAUAAGCUAUUUUAGCUUCCAAGCGCUAAAGAAGGCUACUAAGAACUUUCAUGACUCAAAUCUUCUUGGUAAAGGAGGAUUUGGGCCAGUCUACAUGGGUAAACUGGAAGAUGGGCAGCUUGUUGCUGUAAAGAAAUUAGCUCUUGACAAAUCGCAACAAGGAGAGGCCGAAUUUCUUGCAGAAGUGAAGAUGAUCACAAGCAUACAACAUAAGAACCUUGUUCGACUUCUUGGUUGCUGUUCUGAAGGGCCUCAAAGGCUACUUGUGUAUGAAUACAUGGUGAACAGGAGUUUAGACCUGAUGAUUUACGGAAAAAGUGAUCAGUAUUUGAAUUGGAAUACUCGCUUCCAAAUAAUCUUGGGCAUUGCUCGGGGCUUGCAGUACCUACACGAGGAUUCACACAUCCGGAUUGUACAUAGGGAUAUCAAAGCUAGUAACAUUCUUCUUGAUGACAAAUUUCAGCCAAGAAUUGGAGAUUUUGGGUUGGCCAGGUUCUUCCCCGAGGACCAAGCUUAUCUUAGCACAACCUUUGCCGGAACACUUGGUUAUACAGCCCCUGAAUACGCAAUCAGAGGAGAAUUAUCGGAAAAGGCUGACAUAUAUAGUUUUGGAGUUCUUGUUCUUGAAAUCAUUAGCUGCAGAAAGAAUACUAAUCUUAAUAUGCCAUCAGAAAUGCAAUACCUCCCAGAAUAUGCAUGGAAGCUAUACGAGAGGUCAAAGAUGAUUGAUCUUGUAGAUCCAAGAAUGCGAAACACAGGUUUUGUGGAGAAAGACGUUAUGCAAACAAUUCAUGUCGCUUUACUAUGCCUUCAAGCGAAUGCAAACACAAGGCCACCUAUGUCAGAAGUUGUAGCAAUGUUGACUUGGAAGGUCGAAAUGGUCAAGUCUCCGUCAAAGCCCACAUUCUUAGAUCGGCGAAAUCGUUGGAAAAAUGAAAAAAGUUCUUGGGAAACUAUAUCGGCCGAUUUCCCUUCUCAUCUUGAAGGCGAAUCACCUUCUCUUACAACUCCUCCAAAUUCAAGAGAAUAUUAUGCCAGCCAAAGCUUCUCAGGAACAAUGCCGAAAGCCUAGCUUAGCUAGUACAGAUUUUUUUAAUUUUUAUUAUAUAUACAUUUUUACCGAGUGUGUUCUAUAUAUGCAUUCGUUUUACUUUUUGUUUAUAGAAGGAUAGGUGCAGUACUGCAGUGCAACAUAUCUUUGUAUACAUAGUCAUAUCUUCAUGUCAUGAAUAAGAAGAAAAGAGGGACUUUUUUACCAGUUGGAGUUUAUGAGAUAAAUUAAAUAUUGCUCAGUUGGAGAUGUGUGGA